UUCACUGACCUGAUUCACAGUUGCCGUGAAGUCUGCAGCAGAUCAUGGAAAAACACCACACAUUAAUCCAUUACUAUGAUAAGAUAUUGCUGAAAAAUGGAGCUGCCAGUGUGUUCUGUAGCCAGGAACUCUAGAGUACUGCAGAGAAUAGCUAGGUAACAGACUGGACUUUUCCACUGGCUGGCCCCCAGAGUGCUUCCUCAUUUGGUCCUGUUAGGUGCCAGCACAUUUCUUUUGGAGCUGUGGCCAGACAUAGUUUGCCAGCUGUGCUGUGUUCCGCCAUUUCAUUAAUAUGAUUGUUUGGUACUUUUCAAAGCAAGCCCCUCUCUGCCCCCCCUUUUGUGGGGCUCCUUUCCAGCUGUGUGCAAUGUUUUCCGGUGCACUUCGAACGCUGAACCAUCUGCCAAGAUGCUGGGGAGUGAGGAUGGUGAUGGCCAUGGUGGUUUCAGGAUCAAAGACGGCCUUGCAAGUGAGGGAGAGGCUAAAGAAGGAGGUAGAGGAGAUGAAGGAGCAAUGUCCUGGAUUUAGACCAGGGCUUGUCGUACUGCAGGUUGGAGACCGAGAUGAUUCAAACCUCUACAUUAGCAUGAAGCUAAAAGCAGCAGCUGAGAUUGGGAUUAAUGCCAACCAUGUGAGACUGCCAAAGACUGCCACAGAAGAUGAGGUUUUAAGAAACAUUGUCCAGGUGAACGAAAACCCCAAUGUCCAUGGCCUUAUUGUGCAGCUCCCAUUGGAUUCUGUCAACCCUAUUGAUACAGAAAAGGUGACCAACACUGUUGCCCCCGAGAAGGAUGUGGAUGGUCUUACAAGUAUAAAUGCAGGAAAGCUUUCACGUGGUGAUUUGGGAAACUGUUUUAUCCCUUGUACUCCAAAGGGAUGCAUGGAGCUCAUCAGACAGACAGGUGUGAUGGUUGCAGGCAAGAAUGCAGUGGUUAUUGGCCGCAGUAAGAUUGUGGGAGCUCCCAUGCGUGACCUGCUGCUGUGGAACCAUGCUACAGUCACAACGUGCCACUCCAAGACCACCGACCUGUCUGCAGAGGUUGGUAAAGCUGAUAUUUUGGUUGUUGGUGCUGGCAAAGCAGAAAUGGUGAAGGGAGACUGGGUGAAGAAAGGGGCUGUUGUCAUUGAUUGUGGCAUCAAUCACAUUCAAGAUAGUACAAAAGCAAGUGGAAAGAGGGUAGUAGGAGAUGUAGACUACAAUUCAGCCAAAGAAAAAGCUUCUUUCAUAACACCAGUGCCUGGUGGGGUUGGACCAAUGACGGUGGCCAUGCUAAUGGAGAAUACAGUCGAGAGUGCCAAGCGCUUCCUAAAGACCUUCAGACCAGGAAAAUGGAGCAUUCAGUACAACAAGCUGAACUUGCAGAAUCCUGUACCAAGUGAUAUUGAAAUCUCUCGAUCAUGCACUCCCAAGCCUAUUGAUAAAUUGGCUAGAGAAAUCGGCCUGCUUUCAGACGAAGUGGAGUUGUAUGGCACAACCAAAGCUAAAGUCCUGCUGUCGACAAUCAAACGACUGGAGGCCCAGCCCGAUGGGAAAUAUGUUGUUGUAACGGGCAUUACUCCCACACCCUUGGGCGAAGGGAAAAGCACAACUACCGUUGGUCUGGUUCAAGCCUUGGGAGCCCACCUCAAACUUAAUGUCUUCGCCUGCGUACGACAGCCAUCCCAGGGUCCCACUUUCGGAAUCAAAGGUGGGGCUGCUGGAGGUGGAUAUUCUCAAGUGAUUCCUAUGGAAGAGUUCAAUCUCCAUCUCACUGGGGAUAUCCAUGCCAUUACUGCAGCUAAUAACCUGGUCGCUGCAGCCAUUGAUGCCCGUAUGUUCCAUGAAGUCACUCAGUCCGACAAGGCGCUGUUUAACCGCCUAGUCCCUGUGAGUGGUGGCCAAAGGACGUUUUCUCCGAUUCAGCUUAACCGACUUAAGAAACUAGGAAUUGAGAAAGAGGACCCUGCCACUUUUACUGAUGAGGAGAUAAACCGCUUUGUCAGGCUGGAUAUUGACCCAGACACAAUCACUUGGCAGAGAGUGAUGGAUACCAACGACCGCUACCUCAGAAAGAUCACCAUUGGCCAGUCUCCUACUGAAAAAGGCUUUACAAGAACAACUCAGUUUGAUAUCACAGUGGCCAGUGAGAUCAUGGCAGUCCUCGCACUGACCAGCGGCCUGGAGGACAUGCGCAGACGUUUGGCCAAGAUGGUGGUUGCCUCCAGCAAGAAAGGCGAGCCCAUUACUGCAGAGGACCUGGGUGUGAGUGGGGCUUUGACAGUUCUAAUGAGGGACGCAAUCAAGCCCAACUUAAUGCAGACCCUAGAGGGAACACCAGUGUUUGUCCAUGCUGGUCCUUUUGCCAAUAUUGCCCAUGGCAACUCUUCCAUCCUAGCUGAUAAAAUUGCCCUGAAGCUGGUAGGUCCAGAAGGAUUUGUAGUUACUGAGGCAGGAUUCGGAGCUGACAUUGGGAUGGAGAAGUUUUUCAACAUCAAGUGUCGUUAUUCGGGUCUGCGGCCACAUGUUGUGGUCCUGGUGGCCACAGUUCGAGCUCUUAAGAUGCAUGGAGGAGGACCCACUGUCACAGCUGGCCUACCAUUGCCAAAGGAGUAUACGGAGGAGAACCUGGAGCUCUUGGAGAAGGGGUGCAGUAACCUGCGGAAACAGAUUGAGAAUGCACAGGCCUUUGGGGUUCCUGUGGUAGUGGGUGUCAAUGCUUUCAAGACAGACACAGGUGCUGAGCUGGACCUGGUAUGCCGUUUGGCUAAAGAAGCAGGGGCCUUUGAUGCUGUAAGGUGCUGUCACUGGGCCGAGGGAGGCAGUGGGGCUGUGGCUCUUGGUGAGGCAGUGCGGAGAGCAGCAGAGGCACCCAGCCAAUUCAAAUUCCUCUAUGAUGUUGAGCUGCCAAUUGUUGACAAAAUCCGAAUUAUUGCACAAAAGAUCUAUGGUGCUGAUGACAUUGAACUUCUCCCAGAGGCUCAACAUAAAGUUGAGGUUUACACCAAACAGGGAUUUGGGAAUCUGCCUAUCUGUAUGGCAAAGACUCACUUGUCUCUCUCCCAUGACCCAGAGAAGAAAGGAGUGCCCACUGGGUUUAUUCUGCCCAUCCGAGACAUCAGGGCUAGUGUGGGCGCAGGGUUCCUCUAUCCAUUAGUUGGCACGAUGAGUACUAUGCCAGGGUUACCUACUCGACCAUGUUUCUACGAUAUUGAUCUGGAUCCUGAAACGGAGCAGGUGAAUGGCCUGUUCUAAAAUUACAGUAUGCCAUGGCAGAGCAGAGGUCUUCUUGAGUCGACAGAUUUCUAAUGAACCACAAAAGAGUAAUUCCCGAGUCAUGAUUAUGGAGCCAAAGCUUGAUGUCAACACUGUUUAAGGUUUUGUUGUUUUUUUUUCACCUGCUGAACGUUACUUCUGAACUUCACUGAGGGACGGUGGGGGAAAUCAAUGAUUUAAGUGUUUAAGUGUUCAAAAUUAUUUUCCUUUUUACAUUAUUAAACCAUUACAUCCAAAACUGUGACACCCAAAAUCAGAGACGGUGGAUGGAAUAAAAUACGUAAGCACCUUUAUAAGAGAAUUUGCUCUUAAUUAUAAUUUUGUGGUUUGUCUUCCAAAGCAUUUUUUCCCCGUUUUAUCUGCUUUUUUUAACAUCUUCAGUGAGAUCAAUUAAUGUCAUUGGAUAAAAAUUAAAAACAAGGUGAUAGUAGAAUGGCAUUUAGGCAUGAGACAUGCAAAAGUUCAUUUACUUGAAAUUGUUGUCCCUACCAACUAGCAAGAUAAACGUAUCUUUGGGUGUGUAGUUUUUUUUUUUAUUAAGGUUAACAUACUGUAAGAUCAUUUUUACUGCUGCCUACAUCUGGUAUGGGAAUCAAAUUAGAAAAUAUAACUGUGGAUUUGUUUCAUUUCACAUUUGUCUGUCAUGUCUGUUAUUAAUUAAAAAAAACUCAAAUGUUUAUCACAUACAUGAUCAGGUCGGCAGUAGUAUUUUGUACUGUACAAUUUUUGAUAACUGAGUUUAAGUUUUGGAAUGUAUUUUACACAGAUAUGAAAUCUGAUCUUCUGUCUCUCAUGCUACUGUAUUUAUAAUUCUUAAACUGGAAUUUCUAAAGUGCAAUUCUUGCCAUGUAGUAAGAAGUGUUUACGCAGUAGAUAUCUGAGCUUACUCCAGGCUGGCCUAAAAUUUCUGCCCACCGGCACAGAGAAGGUUCCUUCAUUGCCAUUUCUUCUUGCAAUGAAAUCAGCUUAAUUUUUAACAGUGUUAAGAUCUUAAUUAAAAUGAUGCCUUAUUGUUCUGUUUUGGAGGAUUGCAUAUCUGUUGUUUUGCCUUUUAACGUACCUUUCAAGAUUAAUUGGCUACACUUUUAACUGGACAGUUUGUCUGCUAGGGCACUCUAAAAGUCAUUUUUGAAAACUAUGAUAAAAACAAUUGUAACUUUUUGAUCUGUGUUGAAAUAUCUAUUGGGUUCUGUUUUUUGAUUUUGGAAUGUGAUAAACUGAUUAAAGUCUGUUUGAAGUUGUUACAAAAUAAAAUGCUUCAGAGUUUUGAUUUAAGCGUAACACUGGGAGAACAAAGUGGGCCAUGUAAAGGCUUUUUUUGCUUAUAUGUUGAGUGGGCUACAUGGCAUUUCAAAUUAACUGACCUCUGUGUGACAUCCCUAAAUUGUGUGAAACAACCUGAAGUUCUCCUUGGACCAAAAUAUUCCCUUUGAUACAGUUAAGUGUGUUUCACAAUUUGCAGUGAAUUAUGCAAGGCUUGUUCAAAAAGCAAAGGCAAUGAAUAAACCAACUGACCUGGUAUCAUAUCUUGAUUCUACCCGUUCACUAUUCAGUUCCAGUGUUCAGCAACAUGUGCUGUUCUGCUAUUGCCAUUUUAAUACUGUACCAUCCAGAUAUUUUGAGUCAUUAUUGCAAAUAGACUUUCACCAACCUGAAAACUUUGACUUUGGAGACCAUCUUUCAAGGAUACAAAGAGAUGUAAAAUACAAUGAGCAAGACUGGAUUAAAAAAUUGAUAUUUAAUUUCACAAGGUCCAGUCUAAAAUGGUGAAGUUAAUGAAAGAUGCAGCAUGCUGUAAAAAUGUUUUUAGGACCUCCAUCUCAUUUUAAUCAUAUUACUGCAGUCUGACAGUUUUUGUUUCUUUACUGGUGGACAGUCAAAUGUGGUUUUGUUCCAUAACAGAUGGCUGAGGUGCUAGGUUGCAUUUUUAUUUAAAUACAUCUUUUCUUAUCUUAACAGACCAUUUUAGUUGCUAUGGCACCAAGCUUAGGUAGUUUUUUUUUUUCAGUCUUAAUCCUGGAUACUCACUGUGUCUAGUAGUUUUUAUUCCAAAUGAGAAAAUGUUUAUUUCAUUUAACUCUCUGUGGCUCUUACUGGGAAUUUGGUAACAACAUUUGUAUUUCACAUUACUAGGUUUUAAUAAUGUAUUGUGCACUUUUAUCAUUUUGCCUUUUUUAUUUUGAUCAAUAUUGUCUUUUAACAACAGAUGUGCAGGAACAGAUGUGAAUCCAGGUCCAAUUAAUUGUAACUUCUUGUAAUUGUGAUUUGGGUGCUUUAGAUGCAAUGUUGUUCAAAUAAUAAACCAUCCCAAAGUGGUGGGUGUAAAAAAGUGAGUAGUAAGUGUCAAGACAUGCUGAAUAUAAAUGUGUAUAUGAUUGCCAAAUAAAGUAUACACAGUGGAAGCUC